AUGUCUCUCCUCCAGUAUUCAGAAUUCAGAUAUGAUACUCUACCUUCGCCGACGUCAAUACGCCUCCUGCGUCUUCACAACACCAGAAACGGAGUCCUUCCGUCACUAUGCGGCUAUCCGGUACUCCACUGUUCCCUUCACGUUGUGGACCUCGCCAGCGAGUCGGCACCCGCGUACGAGGCCCUAUCAUACACUUGGGAUAGCCCCGAAACCGAGUACCAGAAACGGCAAACAGAUAACUGGAAAGACCCCUACGGACCGCUUUGUAAAUGGCCCGUUGCUGUCCGGAACGGCAACACCGGCGAGCUUUCCGUCUUGCACGUGCGCAAGAACCUGUUUGAUGCGCUGCUCCACCUACAGGGCAUGGAAAACGUCGACCAGCGAGGUGGUGAAUACGACAAAACGCGCCUGCACAUUGCUGCUGAGGAGGGUGACACGGAAACAGUCAGAUCAAUGCUCGAGGAGGGCGCGAGCUGUGGUGCAAGGGACUGUUUUGGCGAAACACCACUCCAUUACGCGGCCGAAAACGGGCACUAUGAGAUCGUCAAGGUCCUCAUAGCCUCGGGAGCAGACAUGAGCGUCUACGACAACACAGGCCGGUCGCCCGUCCAGUGUUGUAUCCAGCGCAAGCGCGGGGACUGGGAGCAAGUAGCUCGGUUCCUGCGCGACGUGGCCUACCGCACCCAGGAGCUCCGUGACUUUGACGGUGGCGACCUGGAGAUCGAGAGGAGGUCUGCGCCUUACAACAAGACGCCGCUUAUCGAGGCGUCCGAGGAGGGGAAGCUUUCGCGCGUGAGGAGGCUGGUCCGACGCGGCGCCAACCUCUCGGCCACGGACGACUUUGGCGAGACGGGGCUGCAUUAUGCGGCUGAGAACGGGCACUAUGAUGUCGUCAAGGAGCUCGUCCGGGCCGGCGCUGAUAUGGAAAUUGUGGACGGACACGGCAGGACGCCGAUAGAGUGCUGCACCCAGCACAAGAGGCGCCAAUGGGAGGGGGUUGCCAAGUUCCUGCGGGACCGGUCCUUUCGACAACAGGAGUUGAGUCUGUCGACUGCAGCGGCUGAAGAGGAAGUUGACCGAGACUCGGAUUCGGAUUCAGGGUCAGAAAGUGGUGUGAAAAAUGAAGCCAAGGGCUCAGCCAGUGGUUUCUUUUGGAUCGAUGCCCUCUGCAUCAACCAAGCUGACCUGGAAGAGCGCAGCGCCCAAGUGCAGAUCAUGCCACAGAUCUACACUAAAGCCAGUUGUGUCAUUGUGUGGCUGGGGGACGAUAGCCAGAUGAUCUUCCGGCUGCUAAGAAACGUGUGGGCGAGACCGGAUCUGAAGGAGGUGAUACGGCGGGUCAACAAGAAAGCGAAGAGGCUUAAUGAACUAAAAGAGCAAUGGUCGGUCUCUCUGCUCGCGUUUCUGGAAGACAAGAAUGUAGACUGGGACAUCCCUGAAGGCGCAAUCUUCAGCAUCAACGACCUACGCCUCAUUCUCAGCACAUUUCUACGAUCGUGGUUCACCAGAGUCUGGUGCAUUCAGGAGCUGAGUCUAGCUACUAAGAUCAGAAUGUUCAUGGGCAAGACAGAACUUGAGUGGCAUGAGGUCUUGAAGUUCCUAUGUCUCCUGUCCCAUUUGGGCUUCUUCCGUCCAUCCAGCGUAUGGAAAAUGGACAAGGGCUGGACUAUGCACGAUGGGAAGGGGGGUGACGGCAGCGAAGCAUGGAGGCUUGCCGAGAUUCGACUACGGACGGCGAGAAACAGCGAUGAGUGGGAUAUUGUGGACCCCAUUUUUCAUCGCAAGGGCUGUGAAGCCCCCUGUGUUCGGAAGGCAGAUCGCUUGAGCCUACCAUUGCUGAUAGCAGCUACAUGGUCUUUUGAGAGUAAAGAUCCACGCGACAAGAUCUAUGCUAUCAUGAGUCUUGCUGCUCCUCUGCCACCACAAGACAAAAUCAUAGUUGACUAUACCUCCCCCGUGGAAGACCUUUACACUCAGGUCGCCCACAUCUUUAUCCGCGGCUCAGGGCGGGACUCCAUGUAUAACCGUGGCGAUGGCUUUGCUGGAAUCCUUGAACCCCUCGAAGGCCUUUCCUACGUGCAGGAUCCGUAUUACAGCGGCCAGCAGGGCAAAAUGCCCGAGCUGCCUUCAUGGGUCCCUGACUUCAGCAACGCCCUCACGACAAACCGAAUUUGGAGGAGGUCUUUCAGGGCCGCAAAGACAAUCGAGCCCGCAUUUGGUCCCGGGGAGGGGAAAGGCAACCUGCAUGUCCUCGGGACCGAGAUCGAUGUUGUGGAGGCUGUGGAGCCCGGAUGGGCCGAAAUCGACCCCGACGAUAUGCCGGCAGAUCUGGACGUUGACGUCGAGUCUUGGUUUAAGCUUUUGGAGACCUUGAAGCCCACAAGCGGCGAGAGUCCCAUACAGAUGCUUUUCAGGACGCUCACGGUGGAUAAGCUCUGGGAAGGCUGUGACGAGAUAUCCAGACAACAAAGUGCUGUUUCGUUUCGCGAGUUCAUUUCCUGGGAGCUAGCGAGCAGCAUCAGAAAAGCACGGGAAGAGGAAGAAGAAGCAGCACGUGAGCCAGAACAGGAUACACAGUCCAAUACCGAGAGCGGCGCCGAUACAUCAGCUGGAGAAGAAGAAGAAUCUGAGACGUCCUCAGACGAUGGCUCCAGUUCAGGAGAUGAGUCUGGGACCUCUGGCAACUGUUGGACUUGCGAUGGUUGCGAUCGGGAAAUCGGGGCCGGAGAUUGGCAUUGCGAUAGUUGUGAUGACUUCGAUCUGUGUUGGGAGUGUUUCCGUGAUGGAAAGCUUGAGCACGACCCCAAGCAUGACUUCACUCUCUACAAAGUCUCACCGAACGAAGAGCCCAGCCGAGAGCCUCAGGAGCAGGUCGAGGUCCCAAGCCGCCUGUCCAAAGUGUUGCGUUCCCGAGGUGCCUUGGGAUCAAGUGUCUUUGGGUCGACCGAGUCGCUGUCCUUGAAACAGAAAGCUGUCAUGAAGCGCAUCAGCCAGCUUCGAGUCGGAAGAUGGUUUGGAGAUCAUGGAGAGGUGCCGGACACCGAGCCGAAGGUUACCGCCUCCGGAUAUGGCCAAGACGACGACAAUUCAAGUACUGCCUCAUCAGCAAGCCACAAAGAGAACGAGGAUGCUCCAAAGAAUACCACCAGUGCGGACCUCAAGCAAUCCUUGUCGUAUAUGCUUGGACACCAAAGAUCCCUCGAUAAUGCCAACAACCAAGGAAACUUGAGAUAUCUCCCCACACUCGACGAGAUUCCAGCGCAAGAAAAGUUGACAGGUGCUACCUGGGAGUGGUGUAAAUUUCAUGGCGAUCCGUCAGCCUGCAAAAUGCUCGACGACGAAUCCAGCGUACGAGUACACAUAAGCAAGGUAUACCGGAAGCGAUGCCUCUUCCGGACCAGAGCUGGACGGUUAGGCCUUGGUCCUCAGUCGGUCAAGCCGGGAGAUGGGCUGUGGUUGGUGGCUGGGAGUAGGACACCGUAUCUGCUGAGGAAGAAAGAAGAGCACGAGGAGGGAAUAGAAAAGCUAGGUUUCAUAGGAGGAUAUGAAGAAAAUAUGCCUAGGAUGAGACAAUUCUUCACCAACGAAAGACUUUCUUUACCAAGGAGUACAGUGCAGUACUUGAGUAAUACGUAA